AACGGGACCGAAUUAAUAGAACAAGGUUUUUAUGAGCUCCAUUGAUUCUUCACUUCUGCUGUCAAAUCAUUGAAAUAUCUAGCCUGUUUUUAAUCAGUUAUUUAAAGCCGUAGAUAUCAUACUUAUUGGCUUGUAAGUUAUAGCGAAGAAUACCUCUGACAGCAACAUGCUGACAAUCAGUGGUACUUAUGGAGAUAUCCCAGAUGAAUCACCCCAUGAAUCUCCUAGAACAAGUGGUGUUAUUUCUGAUUGGUCUGAAGUUAAUCGGCAGCUACGUCACCAUGGUUUUCAUCCUGUCAUGGUUCUACCUAGAAACAGGAUUGACCAAAUACCCAAAGGUGCUGUUAUCCUUGAAGAACACACGACACAGCAUCUGCGGCACACCCUUGAAAGUUUKAUGUCAGACUGUGAUAGAAGACAAGCACUGGUACAGGAACUGAUUUCAGCAUCCAAUAGAAUGCAAAGAGAAAAUAAGGAGCAGUUUGAGACCAUUCAGAGUUACAAGACACAGAUAAGAGAGUUGGAACAGCAACUGGAAACACAGCAGUUCAAUGUCCAGGAAAUGGAAGGCAGAAGGUUAUCAGAGCUCCAUCGUCAUGGUGAAGAGGUUAAUGAUCUACAGAUGUCAAAAAGUGAAGUCAUGGCCCUGUUCAACCAGAUGGAACAGAAGAUAGCCAAGAAGGAUGAUGAGGUUGCUAGGCUACAAAAGAGAUGUCAAGAUCUUGUUCACAAGGAAGAAGCAAGGAUAGACAGACAGACAAAACUAUUUAGACACUUUAAAAACAAAUCUCCUCACAAACAGAAUGCAGUGGACCAAAGGAUGUUGGACAUUAUUGAAAGCUAUGAAGCAAAGAUAGAUGAUCUGAAAGAAGAACUUGAACUUCUCAGGAGAGAAAGAGACAACCAUAAUGCUUCAUACGUCGGAUCCUACGGCGACAUAGAAAGUGACUCUAACACAGUUACUGAAGAGGAUUCAGAGAACCUCGCAUCUGGAGAAACAAGUGAUGAAGGCCAGUCAUUUCCUGGCAGAACCUCACCGGUAGAUGGUGGUCCUAAAACUGGCUCAGGUGGACGAUGGAGGAAGGAAGGAAAACAACCAAAGAAGCUUAAAGAAGUAGAGGACAAGAUUAUUUAUUACGAAAAACACCUUAAAGAUGCCAAGAAACUCAUCAAACUGUUAGAGAGUGAAAACACACAUUUGAAGAUGGAACUCCAGACAAGGCCAAUGCCAGAAGAAAUGAAGAAAACCCGAAAAUACAACAAAAAAUUAGAAAAAAUCCUGGCAGAAAACAAUCUGAUACCACCUUCACGCAAGCGACAUAUAGAAAAAGACUCGACUGAAGCGGUUCAGAAUAAAAGAUACUCGACACACGUUGACGACAUUGACUUACUGCCCAUCGAUGUGUGCAGGGCCUAUCUGAAGGAGAUUUGUUCAGGUCUUGCAGUUCUUGAUUUAAGAGAUCUUGCAGACAGAUUAAAGUCUAUUGAUUUGAUGACUGAGGCUUUUCCAGCCAUGGAGAAGCUCAUAACAGACACACUUGCCCUGACAGAAGAGAAAGGCACCCCGAAGCUUCCGCCUGAACACCUCCAUCAGAGUGUAGACACACAUGCAGUGUUCUGUCAGAGAGCUUGGCAGAAUGUUAUACCGACAUUACGACUAUGGGCCAAAGAACUACGCUCUCUUAAAGAUCUACAAAAAGCCAUUAUUGACCUGUCUAUCAACCUGUUACCAUGGAAACCAGAGUCCAUGUUCCAACCCAAAGACAACAAGCCGCUAAGAGUAAAGGAGCUCAAAGCUUUAGUCGAGUCACUUAGCAACGAGGACAAACGAGCUCGGCCAAGCGAUCUUCGAGGAUCAGAGAAGCCUAGUCUGGAACAGUUACAGAGUAUUGUUGCGCAUUUCCAGAAACUCUUUGAUGUGACAAGCAUAUCUGGUGUAUUUCCUCGUAUGAAUGAACUGUACAUGAGGGUAGGCGAGGUGUACAAUGCUAUGCAUACUAUUAGAGAACUGCUGAACUUAGAUCCAACCUGUAAGUCAGGAGACGUUGUCAAUGCAGUUGGUAAGCUGAGUAAAGCCAAGCACCUACUGAAAGUCGAUGAUCUCACAGGAGUAAUCCAGCGACUCGAACAAUAUGAUGAAUUCUUCCCUCCUUUCCAAAGUAUGGUCAAAGAACUCUGCAAACUAUUAGGAGUCGAAAAGAUGGACGAAAUUGUCACAGCUGUUCGAGCUCUAAUAAAAUUUCCGAACUACUGAUAUUGAAAUACUAAAUCUUCCACACCUCACACCUCACCUCAAAGAUCACUCAAAAAUUUUAUCAAUUUAUACAUAUUUAAGACUUUUAAAAAACUUCAAAAGUUUGUAAAUGUAAAAAUUAACAUGAAAAUAAAGAAUUAAGCUACAAUGCAAUUAAC